AUGCGUCGUCGCUGCUCUCGGCGCUGGCUUCGCGACGUCGUAUUUCUCGCUUGUCUCCUGGCUUCGCUGGUCCGCCUAUCUUUGAGUGUCUCUGGCACCCAGCUCGCGCGAGUUUGCCGGGCAACAGCAGGAAACGCCGUGGGGUCAGAGGCGCCUGCGUCUUCUUCCGGGGGUCUCGCUCACGCAGAUGCAUCACCUCUUCGAGCAGAAAGCCUUUUGCGCUCUUCUGCGCUUCUGCUGUCACAGCGGCGCUCCGUUCCCAGGUCAUUCACUCCGUGGUCGCUCGCUCCAGGAAACCUGGCGAGAGAGGGCGCGCGGAGCCUUCAGGCGCCAGCUUUCUUACAGGCCUUUUUCCCUAGGGAGGAGAGCGCGUGGGGGUUCACCUUGGGGCGACCUCCCUCGUUUCCGCCGCGUGCUGCCGCGAGGGCAUCAGCGGGGCCUGCGUUCCCGUUCAAGGAGUCGACGUCAGGCGCACCCGGACAUGGCGGAUGGACUUUUGCUGCGGGUGGACUCGUGAGGGCGCACUUUCCGUGGAUUUGUUGUCGGGGGGGGUCGUCACUGUCCUUCGCCCCGGCAUCCUGUUCACCUGACUCUACCCUUGAGCGAGGCGCCCUGCACCAUGCAGCUGCAGCUUUGUGCGGCUUUCGGCCGCCGCAGCAGCGUGCGCAAAAGUGGUGUUCGCUGUCGUUCUCAGCGCUGCUUGUCCAGCGUUGGCAUCCCGCGCGAGAGUCUUCGUGGGGUGACGACGAGGAGGAGGAAGAAAGCGGAGCCCGCGACGAAGAUAUGGGUUCUUUCUCGCCAGAACCCUCCAAACUGAGAAGCCGGCUCGGGUCGCUGACUGAGCCUGGGCCCUUUCCGGAGCCGCCGCCGGAGUCUCCUUAUUGGCCAGCUUUCCCCGCAAAGGACGUUACGCCAGUGCCUGCGCAGCUGCCGAGGUGGCACUCGCGGUCGCCUUUCCCGGCUCUGAAGCCUCGUGGGCUGCUCUACCCCGCGAACCCAAAGAAAAUCCGCCCGCCAAAAUACAGACAGUUCAGGGGGGCUGCGCCGCCGCCUUGCGAACUUCCGCCUUCGCCUCCGGACCUUCAGCGAAACUUCCGCACGUGGGUGCGGGAUGCACGCUAUGAAUAUCCUCAGUUCACAACAAUCCCUGCCAGCAUCAAAUACAGGCGGCGACUGAAGCGCUCGUCGCGCAAGCUGGACUGGAGGCUCAGGUCUCUACAGGACCGGCGCAUUUAUUUCGCGUGGAGGCGAAAUAUGCGGGAUCAGGAGACGCAUCGCUGGCUGCGCGAGAAGGAGCAGUGGUCCCGUCUGACGGCGCGAUUCUGGAAGCAGCAGUACGCCCUGCAGGCGCAGAGGUGGCUGUCGCCUGCUGGUGAAGCGAAGUCCGCCACGGGAAGGCCUGCCGAGGGGGGAAGUUGUGUCAGCGACGCGCAGCAAGAACAAGAGGCGGAGAUGGACGUCGGAGCCGCGCCCUCGAGUUCGAGGGAGGCACUCAUCGCAGAGACGACAGAUCUUGUCGCGCAUGCGGAGGACGGCGGGAGCACGCGACGCCGUUCUGGGGAGCCUGCAAGCAUCUUCGGGGGGUCGCCAGCAGCAAGCACGGCUGCCCGUGGCGGUGCGGACGACAGCGCCGAAGAUCUGCUUCGCACGGCGGAUCCAGAGGCAGUGACAGAGCUCCUUCGGAGAGGAUACACCCUCCCUCCUAUGACCGCGGCGGUCGCAGCUUCGCCAAUACCGUGGUGGUCGUCUGCGAAAGGUCUGCACAAGUGGCGAGGCAGGAAGACAGCGACAAACGUGCAGAGUCGAUGGGUAAACUGGGCGAGUCAUACGCGCGUCGUCGAGCCGGUGGUUGCGGGGCAACUGCUGCGGCGACGGGGGAGGGUCCUGCGUCGCUUGCAGCAGAAGGGGAUUGAGCUGAUGCAAAAGAUGAGACAGCUGAACGACACACGAGAGCCUUAUGAGGAAGCGGAACUCGAAGCAGAUUCCCCAACCGACGAACGUACCGCUUGCGCAGCCCCGGCCGCCUUGGUGGGCAGCAACAGUGGAAAAGAAUCGUCAAGCGCGCCUCUCAUGCCGCUGGAUUCGAGUGGAGAUGCCACCGAAGGGCAUGGGGAGAAGACUGCGUGCCCGUCUAGCGGGGAAGACAUGCAGAGGGAACGCUGCCCGCCAAGAGAACUCGACACGGAGAGGCGGAGGCUCAGUGCGGUGGAGGCAGCCAUGGAUGUGGCCUUGAUGCUCGGGCAGAGCGUGGUCACGAAAGCCUCAGGAGCUCCUGCGCCAUACGACGUCCACAGCCCUUUCAUGCGAUCGAGCACUUCGUCGCGCAGGCGCCGCAUGCGAAUGCGUGGCCGCGCCAAAGAUCCAGAACAAAAAGACAUGACGCGGCAAGAGAGAAGACUAGCCAACUUCGCAGCUCGCCAGGCAGCGGAGGCUUACGAGCGAGCCAUGCAAAAAGAGGCGAGGAGAAAGGCGUGGGAAGAGGCUCAGGGUCGCGAAGCGGAAAGAAGUCUGCCGCCCUAG